UUGCUUCUGUUGCCGGCUGUAGCGCACAUGGCCUGUUGAGCAGAACGCUGUAGACAGAGCUUGUGAAAUAAGUUUUUCUCGAAAUUUCCAUAUUUUAAAGGCUUCGCGCGGCGUGUUUAUGCGGGAUCGGGAUCCGGAGGACAUGGAGGCUGAAGUGGAGUUUGAAGAGGGCGAGGAGCCUUCGUUCAGCGACCCCGAGGACUAUGUGGACGACAUCAGCGACCAGGAACUGCUCGAAGACGUUCUCAGAGAGAGACCCCAGGAGGCCGAUGGCAUCGACUCCGUCAUCGUAGUGGAUAAUGUGCCUCAGGUUGGCCCAGAACGCUUGGAGAAACUGAAAAAUGUCAUCCAUAAGAUUUUCUCCAAGUUUGGUAAAAUCACCAAUGAAUAUUACCCUGAAGCUGAUGGCAAGACGAAAGGGUACAUUUUUCUGGAGUAUGCUGCACCUACCCAUGCAGUGGAGGCAGUGAAAAAUGCUGAUGGAUAUAAGCUGGACAAGCAACACACCUUCCGUGUGAAUCUCUUCACAGACUUUGACAAGUACAUGACGAUAAGCGAUGAGUGGGAAGCACCUGAGAAACAGCCAUUCAAGGAUUUUGGAAACUUGCGGCACUGGUUAGAAGACCCUGACUGCCGGGACCAGUACAGCAUCAUUUUCGAGGCGGGAGAAAGAACAGGAAUAUUUUCUAACGAUGCCAAGGAGCCAAUUGUGGUUGAAGAAAGGGCGCGCUGGACAGAGACCUACGUCCGCUGGUCACCCAAAGGGACAUACUUGGCCACCUUCCACCAGAGGGGCAUUGCUCUGUGGGGAGGUGAAAAAUUCAAGCAGAUCCAACGCUUCAGCCACCAGGGGGUCCAGUUGAUUGACUUCUCUCCCUGUGAAAGGUAUGUGGUCACCUUCAGCCCGCUGAUGGACACCAAGGAUGACCCCCAGGCAAUUAUAAUCUGGGAUGUCCUGACUGGACAGAAGAAGAGAGGUUUCCACUGUGAGAACUCUGCCCACUGGCCCAUCUUCAAGUGGAGUCAUGAUGGGAAAUUCUUUGCCAGAAUGACCCAAGACACACUCAGCAUCUACGAAACUCCAUCCAUGGGACUUCUGGAUAAGAAGAGUUUGAAAAUCAGUGGAAUCAAGGAUUUCUCCUGGUCUCCUGGCGACAACAUCAUUGCUUUCUGGGUACCAGAGGAUAAAGACAUUCCAGCCAGAGUGACCCUGAUGCAGCUUCCCUCCAGGCAUGAGAUUCGGGUGCGAAAUCUGUUCAAUGUGGUGGACUGCAAGCUUCACUGGCAGAAGAAUGGAGACUACCUGUGUGUGAAGGUGGACAGGACCCCCAAAGGCACGCAGGGUGUGGUCACCAAUUUUGAGAUCUUCCGCAUGAGGGAGAAACAGGUCCCUGUAGAUGUCGUGGAGAUGAAGGAGAGCAUCAUUGCCUUCGCCUGGGAGCCCAACGGCAACAAGUUUGCUGUGCUGCAUGGCGAGUCACCCAGAAUCAAUGUCUCCUUUUAUCACGUGAAGAACAAUGGCAAGAUCGAGCUCAUCAAAAUGUUUGAUAAACAGCAAGCAAACAGCAUAUUCUGGAGUCCCCAAGGCCAGUUCCUGGUGCUGGCUGGACUGAGGAGCAUGAACGGAGCCCUGGCUUUUGUUGACACGUCAGAUUGCACCAUGAUGAAUAUUGCUGAACAUUACAUGGCCUCGGAUGUUGAGUGGGACCCGACAGGCCGAUACGUGGUUACGUCUGUAUCCUGGUGGAGCCACAAGGUGGACAAUGCCUUCUGGGUCUGGACAUUCCAAGGGCGGCUCCUCCAGAAGAACAUCAAGGACCGUUUCUGCCAGCUGCUGUGGAGGCCUCGGCCACCUUCCCUGCUUAGCCAAGAGCAGAUCAAGCUCAUCAAAAAGGACCUGAAGAAGUACUCCAAGAUCUUUGAGCAGAAAGACCGACUGAGUCAGUCCAAGGCGUCCAAGGAACUGGUGGACAGGCGCCGUACCAUGAUGGAGGAGUACCGCAAGUACCGCGAGGCAGCCAUGCAAAUGUACCAGGAGCAGAGACCCCUGCGCCUGGAGCUCAGAGGAGGUGUGGACACAGAUGAACUUGAUAGUAACGUUGAUGACUGGGAGGAAGAGACCAUUGAAUUUUUCAUCAAUGAAGAAAUUGUUCCCUUUGGAGAUCUGGCGUAAUCCUCUAAUGAGACCUGUCUUGGAAGAGAAACGCCGUUGCAUUGUGGAAGAGAAUCGUCUUGAAUUUUAUUGCUGUAUUUUUCGCUUCAGCAUAAUCCUUGUGUCACAUCAACAUACGGUAUAGUGCCUUUAAUAUUGGUCACUGCAGCGGGAGAAUUCUGAGCUACUGUAUGCUGCUUCUUUGGCACCUCUCACUAAAUUGAGUUACCUUUGCUGCUUUUAUCACCGUUUUUAACUUCCUACUCAUAUUGGUCGCCGUAAGAGUGAGAGGGAGGUAGACACCAUGCCACAGAGGAGGGGCAAGAAGCACUGCUGCACUUGUGCACAACGUAUGAUCACAAGGGUUAUCAUGAUUUUUAGUUUGCUGGAACGGCACUACAGUGGCCUAUAUCCUCCUCCAUUCAGGUUACCUGUAUUAAAUGUGCUACAGGGCAAUAAAGUAUGUAUUACCUACACAUGUGACCUGCUAGUCUUCUGUGGAGUGCCACGUUCUCCUUUCCCCCCGCCGAGUAUGUUUCUAGGAAUAAGAUCUUAAAUUCCAGUUGUAGUUUGUGAAGAACUCAGAGAGGAACAGCAAGUACGUGGUUCACCCCAUAACUGACUUGACUACUUUAUACAUGUUCUGAAGAAAAAAUGUAAAGCUGUGUGUUGAGAACAUCAGCUUCCAAAUGCUUAGGGCCCAAGUGAAAGAAACUUUAUAAAACCUCAUUUCUGGUUUUCUUGGUGCUAACUUUUGUGAAGUUCUGCAAAUGUCUGGUUUAAAAAGUCUAGGAAUUUUCUAUUUUUGUGGCUUCUUUAGAACUUUUACAGUUGUUUCUUUAUAGACACUUUAUUAUUACAGUAAUGACAAAAAUCUGCUACAAUGGCACCCGAGAAAAACUGCUUUUAGUGAGAUGUCAGUGUUUUCCAGUCUCCCCUCAAGGACACAGAGCUUAAUGUCCCUCAAAUUGAAAUAUUUCCUGUUUUACUCAUUUUCAUUCUUC